GCUACUUUGUGGCGGCGCCGCGAUUGGCCGGAGCCGGUGACGGGGGCGAUUGUAUCCAGAGCGCGGGGUCAGUGACUCGGAGCCGAGUCUCCGGCCUCUGGCCACCCCCUGGAGCGGCCCCGGAGCCAGAGCGGAUAUCCCCCCUUCCCUUCCCCCACGGACAGGCCCUACUCUCAGAGCGGAUACCCCUUCCUAGAUAGGCCCCGGACCUCGAGCGGAUACUCCCCCAGGACAGGCCCUCAGACCCGGAGCAGAUACCACCAGGACAGCCCUCAGAUCUAGAGCGGGGACACCUCCGGACCGGAUCCACAGUCAGUCCCAGCCCGGCCCGGGGGCCCGGCUCCGGCUCCGGCCCGGGUGGCCAUGGCUCACCAGCAGAGCAGCAGCUCCCAGAAGGCGCUGAUGCUGGAGCUAAAGAGCCUCCAGGAGGAGCCGGUAGAGGGUUUCCGCAUCACCCUGGUCGACGAGUCCGACCUCUACAACUGGGAGGUGGCGAUCUUCGGGCCGCCCAACACUCACUACGAGGGCGGCUACUUCAAGGCACAGUUGACGUUUCCUAUGGAUUAUCCAUACUCUCCACCCACAUUCCGCUUCCUCACCAAGAUGUGGCAUCCCAAUAUCUACGAGAAUGGGGACGUGUGUAUUUCAAUUCUGCAUCCACCAGUUGAUGACCCACAGAGUGGAGAGCUCCCCUCUGAGAGAUGGAAUCCCACCCAGAAUGUCAGGACAAUUCUCCUCAGCGUCAUCUCACUGUUGAAUGAGCCAAACACAUUUUCUCCUGCUAAUGUGGAUGCUUCAGUGAUGUUUCGGAAGUGGCGGGAUAGUAAAGGAAAGGAUCGAGAGUAUGCAGAGAUUAUUAGAAAACAGGUUUUAGCCACCAAGGCAGAAGCAGAUAAAGAUGGUGUGAAGGUACCAACCACCCUGGCGGAAUAUUGUGUCAAGACUAAAGCGCCACCACAUGACAAUAGUUCGGACUUGCUGUAUGAUGACCUGUACGAUGAUGAUAUGGAUGAUGAAGAAGAUGGUGAUGGUGAUUACUAUGAUGACGACGAUGACUCGGGAAAUGAAGAAUCAUGACCAUCAUCGGGCAGGAGGGGGUGACCAGCUGACCCCCCUCCUCCUCUUUCCCCCCCCUCUCCCUUCCAGGGGCUGACAGCUGCCCUUGCUCUGGGCCUGAGACCAGGCCUACAUUGCAAUAUUUGUCCUUCCCCUCUCCCCUUCAAUAUAUUUGGGGUGUGUCACGUCAACACUGCUCUUCCAGAAUAAACUGUUUCCUGGCUGGGAGGGGGAAAAAGGAGGGGAUUGGUUACUUUUUGUUUUGGGGGUGGGGGGAGAUGGGGGGAUGGGAGGGAGGGGCUGGUUUGUAUUCUCAUUUCUGACUCUGUUUGUUUUUGAAGCCAAUGGUGAAACGUUUAUUGGGGAGGGGGUGCUGCAUCGCUCCAUGUAACUUGCUGAUAAAGAUUUGCCUCUGAUACUUACUUUCUACCUGAUAGUCUGGCCCUUUCUUCCCCUCAACUGUGUCUUGGUGGGGAGUGUCCACUCUAGCCGCUGCCAAAUCCCCAUCCCAGAAGCUUUCCACUCCGAUCCUGUCUGUAUCGAUAAGAAUACCACUCUCUGAAUUGUUUGCUGUCUCCUGCUGCGGUCAUGUAACUCUGCCCCUGAGUAAAGUUAAGUGACCUCUCACCAA